AUGAUGGCGUUGAGAGAGCUAUCAUCGCUGGAAAAAGCUUUAGGAUUGAAAAAGCCUAACAAAUACAGUACUCAGGGGGACAAGAAGGUGAAUUUGCCAUCUGAUGGUUCCGGUCACAGUUAUCGAUAUGUGCCAAAUAUGAUAGACCUUACCACAUGAACAGUAGGUUAAAAAGAGUACUCAUGCUACUCUACUGUCCAAUGGAAAAGCUAGCUAGCUAACAAGAUAAUGUCCGUAGCUUUCGCAACUAUUUUAUCUUCUAUUUUAGCGAAAGUAGGUCACUUAGGAGCAAAUAAGCUAUAACUUUACAAAGUAUAGCUAAGUUGUAGAGUAAAUAUGUAACAAUCAUUGUUUCAGCUAAAAUGUGUUGUUAUUAACCAGUUGACGUUAAGCUAACAUUGAAUGAAUAUGCUGUCUGGCCAGAUAGAUAGAUAGCUAACGUUAGCUAGCUAACGUUACGUGGCCGUGUGGAUUACUUAAUGGGUUGCCAACAUAUCUUGCUGCUACUACUAAACGUACUAUAGUUAAUUUCAGUGGAGUGUGCAGUACUAGUUCUGUCUCAACAGCCUUUAUUGCAAUGCAAGAAACAAACACGCAUACUGUACCUCCGAGGGUCGUGUACGUGACAGUCCAUGUGUUUUGUUUAGGAAGCUAGCCAGCUAUGCAACUAGUGCUUAAAUAGUGUCUCUAACAGGAUGUUGACAAGUAGUUACAGGGUUGUCGUUUUAUUUCAUGUGUCCAUAAUUCCUAUCAGGCUCUUAGUGUAUAAUACACACCACAUUCUCUUUCUCUCCCACCCAGGUACCCGUGCUCCAUAGUAGUAAUGGCCCAGCUCUGGUCGGCUUGGUGACCAUCUCCACUCACCUGGUCCGCGAGGCCAAACUGCCCAAGUUGCUGGGUGGGUCAGCUGAACACAAGGCUUUAGUGCAGCAGUGGAUGGAGUACAGGCUCACCAAAGUGGACGGAUGCCACAAAGAAGACAUCAAGACCAUACUGAAGGUAGAGGCCCAGGAACAAUAGUGAAGAUUCUUCAGUAUUAGAAAGUCUAACUUGCAAGUUAGUCAAUUUGAUUGUAGUCUCUUGUCAAACGAGAAUGUGUACCACUACCCACUGUUUUUCAUGAGAAGUCCCUUCUACCCUUGUGGGAUAGACAGGCUUGGUGAGCUGUGUACGGAGAGGAUCUAACAGGGCCUGGGAGAAGCCCCUGAGCCAAACUCUCCAACUCAUGCUCCACCAGCCGGGGCCAAACUGACACUGUGUGGCUCGUUAAGGCGUGGUGACAUGAAUCAAGGCUGAUAUAUGGCCCUUCAGUGACAUGGCCGAGACGGGCAAAGCAGUGGACAACAGUAAAUGUAUUUAAUGGGGGCCGCUGUCGACAGCUGGACAGGCACCUCUCGCCACUGGCUGUCAGGGUGACGUGCCGCACUGGCAUCACUGAAAAGUCCUACGGAUCCAGAGUGUGGAUGUGAGUGUGGACAGGCCUUUUAAACAUUUGAAUGGUGCCACUUCCAGAAGUUACCCAGCUCUGUGCCCCCACGAGAUGCUGCAGCUGUCCUGCUGGUUUACCAGAACUCUAAUAGCACACCAAUAAUCCCAGAAAUCAACGGGGUCAAUGCGAGACACAAUAACAUCCGUUUUUGUUUUCACUUUUAAAUCCUCCUGUGUGUCACCAUUUUUAGUUUAUCUGAUUAUGCGGAACAUUAGAUCUGAAUUCAAUAGUUACACUUUUGAAUAGGGUUGACACGAUACCAGUAUUGCGAUACUAAGAUACCAGAUUUUGCAUGGCAAAAAAAUUUAAAACACGAAUUAGACUAAAUGUAAAAUUGUGGGUGCUAUAGCUUGCAUAUAGGACCGUUUUCCCUUUCAUCACUAUGGUAGAUAAGUCAUGGUGCUAUAACCCACAGCCUUGCUGCAGCAGGGAGGUCUAGUAGCCCCAGUGAGGGAUAUCAGAAGUCUCGGGAAGAAUGUGGUUGGAGGGGGGGUGGAGAAGCAGGGCCCAGGUUCUGAACUCAAUGUGGGGGGUGAAGGUGGAGAUGGGGUGGGGGCAGUCUCCUGUCAGCUGUAGAGAAGGCAGGAAUCUGAUUGUGGCGGAGGAGGAGUCUGUCUUCAUGCCUUGCUUGGCAGCAAACACUGCACAAUAACUCCAUUAGCUCUGAAGACGCUGUGUGUGUGUAGUGCUGAAGAUGGUCCCAUCCCUUGGGACCUGCACAACCACACUCAACCCCCCCAUGCUUAGCCCAGCCGGAGUGGCCAGAGUUGUGGGGAUGGCAUGCCACGGCAGGCAGAUAUUCCCCCUCAGUUUGUGCAUUGUUCAAGUACAGAUACCGAGCUCUCCAUCCGUACGUCCCAGAUAUAUAGGUUCAAUAGAUCUCAGGCCUGGGUUGGCUCCACCGGCCACAGCUUUCGUCUUGUAUUUCAACUCUUUUGACUAUUGAAGAAGUUUAUUUGGAUAUUCUGUAUUUUACUGUGGAUAUAUCAUUAUCACCCCUAUCACGCUGGGAAAGUGUUAUUGAGACAUUUCGGGAGUUUCCCACUGCUGCUUUUACUGUUCAAAUAAAUGUUAUAUGGUUGAUGAACAUCGUUGGUUAACUUUUAUUGAAUCUAAUGUCUAAUUAGGUCAUUAUGAUAAAGAAAUGCUAAGAUAAUGUAAUGAGUUGCAUUGUAGUGAUUCUGUGACUGUGGUGUUAAAGAUGUUUGUAGGCGUUUGCCUCUAUAUUGAGGAUCUGGGAAAUUCUGUAAAUAUAUAUAUUUUUUCUCAUGCAGGACCUCAACAGCUAUCUAGAAGACAAGGUUUACCUGGCAGGGAAUCAGUUCACCCUCGCCGACACACUCAUGUACUACGGAAUCCAUCACAUUAUCGUAAGUCUAGCGUCCAAUAACCAAACAGAGCCGACUUCAAUCAGAGUUGAAGUUAAAAGGCGGUUUGUCAAACGGAGCUCACAAUUAAAAGAGUCAUAUGGUUAAAGGGCAUGGGAGAGAGAACUUGACACAAGCAACAACAAAAAAAAUGAGGCGCAAAGUGAUGUCUUUAGCCCAGGCCUAGGAAGAAGUUUGUUGGCCCCCGGAGGCUGACGGGAAGAAAUGGGAUCACAUGUUGAGAAAUGUCAGCGGUUGUUGGCGGAGAUGGAUCCUUGCCACCAGGCACAAGGGAGUCCGUUUAGUUUUUAUCAUGGCGGUUAACCUCAGGACAGAGGUCAGUCAGCAGCCUAGGUCCUCAUUGUAUUUGGAGGACUGAACCCAACUGGCAUGAUGUUAGACUAUUUCAGGGACGGUACAGCUAGCUAAGACCAGGUUUGGGCAGCAUCACAAUGAACCUGAAAUGGGAUUGUCUAAUAUGUUCACUUAGUAAAGUGUUAUUCUGUUCAGCUAAAAUUACUUGUUUUGUGGGGAAAGAGAUGUGACUUAGUAACAAGUUAGUAACAAGCAGAGUUGCUACAGUAGUUUGGGUAUUAGCUAGAUAGCUAACCAGAAAGAUGCAUUUGGUUCAUAACAUUGCUAGCCAUUUUCUUUCCUUGCUGCCUUGUAAUGUCACAGUAGCGUCAUUCUCAACCUUUUAGCAACGUAGCGUCAUUCUCUACCUUUUAGCAAUGGCAAAUGGAAACAAUGUUAGGAGAGAUGGAGAUCUCCAUCUCUACAAAAAAAAAAAAAUUUGCCCUUGCUAAAAGGUAUUCUAAUUUUAAAACCUACAAACACUAUUUCAUGUAAAGGACCUUUUUAAAGAGCACAGACGGCCACCCAUCAUUUUAAAUGAAACAAUUCCAGAUUUGUACUGCAUAGUAUGGAGCAACCGUGGAAACAAGGAAUGUAUCCCCCUCUCUCCCAGGUGGGCCUGGCCGUCCAGGAGAAGGAGAAGCACAUGAACGUGACGCGGUGGUUUGACCACAUCCAGCACUACCCCAGCGUCCGGCACCACCUACCCCCAGUGGUGGUCCUGAGGAACAGAGUGUAUACCAGCGGCUACCACUGA